CGCAGUGCCCGCCCCGCCGGGCUCCCCUCAGCGCCGCCCGCCCGACCCCCGGGUCGUGCUCCGCUCCCGGAGCUCGGUCCCGAGCCGGGCCGGGCCCUGCCAGGCGGGCAGCGGGGCUCCCUGGGACUGCCGAGCCCUGCCGGGGGCGCGCCGGCGGCUCCUGGGCGGCCUGUCUCUCCCUUCCUCAGGGCGCGGCGCGGACGGCCCCGGGAUGGCGGCGUGAGGCGGCGGCACCGCGCUGACGAACCCCAAAGCUCCCAAACGCAGCCCACGACACCCCGAGCCCCGCUGUACCGAAACGUUAUCACCGAUCCGGCAGACCAGCCUGUCUGCCAGAGGAGCUGCUGGAGACUUUUCUGGAGCACACCUGACCACUGCUGCCACAGAGCCCCACCAGCCACCACCAUGUACUGCCUGCAGUGGUUGCUUCCUGUCCUGCUCAUACCCAAGCCCCUCAACCCAGCGUUGUGGUUCAGUCACUCAGUGUUCAUGGGCUUCUACCUGCUCAGUUUUCUCCUGGAACGGAAACCUUGCACGAUUUGUGCCUUGGUCUUCCUGGCAGCUCUAGUCCUCAUCUGCUACAGCUGCUGGGGGAACUGCUUCUUGUAUCACUGCACUGGAUCCCAGUUGCCGGAAUCAGCUCACGAUCCCAGCAUAGUGGGCACCUAGGAAACAAUAAUCUUCCAGUCUGCUGAGGGCUCUUGUUUUGCUUUUUGAAAGGGGUUGGGCUAGGGAGGAGGGAAGGGGGUGUUAGGCAUGUGACUGGAUUAAAACCAGCCUGUUUCCUGUAACUGUGUGUGGACUAAAGUGGUGAAGUCCUCCCACUCUGCCUGUGAAAUUCAACUUGUUUACUGUCUGAACUCUGGCAGCACCACCUGCUUUUUUAGAAGCAGAAACUUUUUUUUUCUUCCUUCCUGUAUCACCGGGAAUGGACACCAGCCCUCCCAACUGGUGGAGGACUGAGCUGCUGGCCUCUGCCCAGCUGCUGCAUGGCAGUGGAGUUGUGUGUCACUCACUUUGCAGCAGGCCACCAUGGUCUAACUCAGGGCCUUCAGCCCUGCUCGAGUAGCUACAAGAUUCUCUCCAUCUUUCCCUCUGUGGGGAGCCAGCCUUCCCUCCUUGUGAUCAAGGGCAAGCUCGACAGCUCACAGAUGGACUUGGCCAAAAGCUGCUGGAGCCAGAGGCAGUUGAGUCACUCCUCCUGCUCAGCCUGCCAAAGAGAUGCGUGCACUGCCCAAGUGCUUUCUCAACUACUUAUGCUCCAAGAUCAUAGCCUGAAAGCCUCAGUUAUGCUGCUGCUUUUAUAAAGCCUCACGGGUCAUGGAGACUGUCUCUUCCCCUCCUUCUAGAUUUCCAGGGUUUACUGAGGUAUUGACUACUGGGAUGCUGCAAGAUUUGGGGUUUUGAAAGUCACUGUGACCCUCACCCUAUAAAACUCAUGCUAGCCCAGAAGACCAGGUGUGUGCAGGGCAGGAGAGGAUACUGAGGUGGAGACAUGGCUUGAAGCAGUAAAUGCUUCAGCCAUUUUCAGUGAUAUUUUUUUCGGGCCAGGGGUGACAGAAGGUGCUGGUGCUACUGACAGGAGAAGGGAAGAGGCUGAAGGAGUUCUGGUGUCUCCACCUCCCUGGCAGAAGGAUGUCAGGAAACCUGAGUGGUGGUGGGUCAGUCCUACAGCCACGGUUGUGCAGGGCUUCACACUGCAUAUAUUACUCUGUGCAGCCAAACCUAUGAGAAACCUUAGAGGUUAACACAAAAUACUGCCUCUCAACUUUUAAAGGUUCCCUUCUCUUUGCCAUCUAUUUGUCUUUACUUCAGUCUUGUGGAGAGCAGCAGAAGCAGCUGUUGCUGUCCCGAGGAAGUUCAAGCUAUGAGGUUGUGAAACUUCCAGAGUAUUGUUUGUUCAUUGCACAGCUGUUCAAAAUGUUUAAUAAAGCUUUAUAAAGUUUGGUC